CGUGGCCUUACUAUAUAUAUUGAGAGCACAAGGUCAGAUAAGAUUGGCUUCGUUUAAUUUUGAAACGGCAAAAAAAUGGUUUCCCGCCACUAUGCUUUUCUGCGCGAUGCUCUAUACUGGUAGUCAAUCACUGAACUAUUUGACAAUACCUUUAGUAACCGUCUUCAAAAACUUGACCAACGUAAUGAUUGCCUACGGAGACCAGUACCUUUACGACUCAAAGGUAUCAACGGGUGUGGCUAUGGCACUUGGUCUGAUGCUGGCUGGUUCGGUAUUCGCAGCAGGAACAGACCUCUCGUUCAACCUGACGGGAUAUAUAUGGAUGGCACUCAAUUGCAUUUCCACUGGUGGGUACACAUUGUACAUCAAAACGGCCAAGAAGAACACCUCACUUGACCAAUGGGGAAUGUCUUACUACAAUAAUUUGCUGACUUGUAUGAUCACUCUCCCUGCGGCCCUUCUGACAGGGGAAUUGGUUGCUGUGCGUAACUUCGAGUACCUCUACGACACUGGUUUCAUAGUAUCGCUGGUUAUAAGUGGUGCCAUAGGCACAGCUCUGAGCUUAUCUGUGUUUUGGUGUAUCAACGAAACCUCACCAACUACCUACUCAAUGGUGGGCUCCCUGAAUAAGAUUCCACUAACGAUCUUAUCGUUUUCCUUUUUCGCACAACCUAUAUCGUUCGCGUCAGGCGUGAGUAUCGCCUUCGGAAUCUUCUCCGGUAUGGUAUUUACUUACGCUAAGUACAGACAAACGGAGCUCGAGAAUCUUUCGCAGAAAAGUCCUGCAGUCUCGGCUGCCUGAUAUAAUAAGUCUU